CACUCUUAGCACACCAUUCUAAAUGUAGCCCAUUCCACGGACCAAUCUUCUCCUUUUCUCCAACUUCUAUGCCUCCCCUCUCCCCCACAUGACCUCUCUCAGCUGAUCUUGUCUUGCCAGCAUCUGUGUGAUUUGUACCAUUUGCGUGACACUCUUCUGACACGGCAAUGUAUUUGGUAUACGCGAGCCUUGUAAUUAACUCUCACUUCAAUAUUGGUCCAUGAACGGAGUGUGAAGAAUAUUCAGCUCUCCCUUGCAUUCCCCUCUUCCUGUACUUCUAUUAAAUUCUUCCCUUGAUAUUCUCUCCGGUCAACUCUUUCAAAGGCAAUGUUAGCUCUACUCUUUGCACCUUUGUUUCUCUUCACAUUGCUCCAUCAAUCGCCCAUUUCUCACUGUCUUCAAGAAACACAGCAGCAUCCUCAGAAAUUAAUUAGUCAGUGUGAUGAGAAAUGCGGGAAGUUGCGUAUCCCAUUUCCAUUUCACCUGAACACUUCUUGUGCUUCAGUUUCCAACGCUUUUCAUCUUUCUUGCUCAAACUCCACUACCCUUUACCUCAACAUAGACUCUCUAAGCUAUAAAGUCCUUGAAUUCUUCUCCGAUGGUAUAUUAGUAGACUUUUCGGGUAGCUCCACUUGUCGACAGUACAAUGAUUUGAAUUCCUUUGAUUUGGCAGGAAAUGACUGCUUUGGCAUAUCGGUUGAUAAUGUUAUUGGUUUAUAUGAUUGUGAGGACUCUUCUUUGUGUAAAGCAGACUGUGAAACGAUUGACUUGCCUGGUUGUGAUGGCAGUGGCAGUGGCCCUCCUGCCUGCUGUUAUCCCCUUUCCGAUCAUAGUUCAUGGGAUUUUGGAGAUGGCUUCUCAGUGUUUUCCAAAUUUGGAUGCCGGGGGUUCUCUUCUUGGGUUGUUUCUCGCGGUACCAACACUGGAAAGCGCGGGGUUAAGUUGGAAUGGGCCGUUCCAAAGAAUUCAUCCAAGGGAGUCUGUGCUGACAAAGCAGACAUUGUAAAUGCUACAGCAGUUGAUGGAGGGACACGGUGCAAAUGUCAGGAUGGAUUCGUUGGUGAUGGAUAUGCUAGUGGAGAAGGAUGCAUGAAAUCCAGCAUCAAGGAUGGAGAGGAAGCACGCGGCAGUGAUCGUGAUACAAAAAAGCACAGGGGAAAAAUGGUUACAAUUUUAGCUGGAGUUGUUGGUCCGAUAUUCAUCAUUGCCUCCCUGAUUGCACUCUUUUGCCUAUUGAAACGGCCUGUUAAGGCUGACAUGUACGACCCUGACCAUGCUCAUCUACAUAGCACCAUCUCAUUCAGGAAAGCUUGUAGGACUAGAUUAUUCAAUUACCAUGAGCUAGAAAAUGCUACCAGAGGAUUUGAUGGUGAUCAAAAACUUGCAAGCAGCAAUAACAGUACAAUUUAUGCAGGGGUCCUUGGAGAUGAUACACAUAUAGCUGUGCACAAGGUAGAAUGCCGUGACGAAAGAGAACUCACUCAGGUCCUGUCUAGGGUUGAGGUUUUAUCUGCAGUUUUACAUAGGAAUAUGGCUCGUGUCCUUGGAUGCUGCAUUAAUUCUGUCUACUCUCCACUAGUAGUCUAUGAGUAUCCUGCUAAUGGUACCUUGGAGGAACAUUUGCACCAGAGUGGAGAACAAAAGGUUGGCCUUGAUUGGUAUAAGAGAUUGAGAAUUUCCGCAGAAACAGCAAGUGUUCUUGCAUUCUUGCAGUAUGAAAUCAUCCCUCCUAUCUUCCACCAUGAUCUCAAACCCGGCAACAUCUUUUUAGAUGAAGAUUUAUCAGUUAAAGUCGCCGGGUUCAAGCUAUUUACAGCUAGCCUUGGGAAUGAUACUCAUUCAUACAGCAAUCAUGAAGGAUCACGUAUUCACCAGAGUGAUGUUUACAACUUUGGCGUAUUGCUUCUAGAGUUAAUUACAGGCUCCAAAAACAAGGAGCUCCCAGCUGUAGCAUUGAAAAAAAUUAGAAGUGGGAAGCUAGAAGAAAUCGUGGAUCCGGGUCUCCAUUAUCACGAGCAACCGCCAUUUCGCCGGGAUCAGAUAGAGGUAAUUGCCGACCUUGCCACAAGAUGCCUGUUGUUUGGUGGAGAUGGUAAGAUUGGAAUGGUUGAGGUUGCAAGGGAACUGAUACACAUUGCAAAAGAGAGCAUUGAUGGAAGUAGUAAACGGGGACGUGGACUUGAAGAGACCUUUUCAAAUUCCAGCCUCCUACAAAUGAUAUCCAUGUCUCCUGACUCUAUAUAUGUUCCUUGAUGUCAAUAGGAGAAUUGUUCUCGAUGUGAAUAGUAGUAUUUGGCAAAGGAUUUAGCUCGUCUAUUUCACUUGUGAACAAGAACAUUGCUUUCCAGCCCAGUCGUGUAUGCUUCCAUUUUCAUUUUGAGGAUUCAGACACUGCACAACACUCCAUUGUCUACGGUUAAUAUAUAUAUAUUUGAAUGCA